CCCGCAACGCCCCUGCCGCGAACAGAGCGCAGACGCCCCGCCCCGCCGCGCAAUGGGCAAGCAGCAGCCGCCUCCGCGGCCGGCGGCGAUGUCGGCGCCUCCCCCGGCCCGCCGGAAGCGGAAGAAGAAGGGCCGGCCCUCCCUCCUCGACCUCCAGAAGCGCAGCCUCCGCCUGCAGAAGCUGCAGGAGGCGCCGCCGCCGCCGCCCCCGCCCCCGCAGCAGCGCCGCCCCUCCACGCGCCGCAACCCCGCCCCGGAGGACGACUCGGGCGACGACGACCCCCGCCGCGAGAAGAAGCUCCGCCUCGUCGUCGGCCUCCACGAUGGAUCGGCCAAGGGAGAAAAGAGGAGGACAGCGACGGAUGGGCGUGAAGAGCCGUCAGAUUCCGGCCCCACGACGCCCCUGCCUGACAAAAAGUUAUUGGUCUUCAUCCUUGAUAGGCUGCAGAAGAAGGACACAUAUGGCGUUUUCUCAGAGCCGGUUGAUGAUGAAGAGCUACCCGACUACAGAGAUAUUGUCAAGCACCCCAUGGAUUUUUCGACAGUCAGGAAGAAGCUUGAUAAAGGGGCAUAUGCCAACCUGGAACAAUUUGAGGACGAUGUGUUUUUGAUAACCUCGAAUGCCAUGUCCUACAAUUCACCAGACACAGUAUACUAUCGACAGGCACGAUCUAUUCAAGAGGUUGCUAAGAAGGACUUUGAGAAUCUUAGGCAAGAUAGUGAUGCCAGUGAACCAGAACCAGAACCAUUACCAGAACCGGAACCAAAACCACAGCGUCGAAGGGGCAGGCCUCCAAAGAACGCUGUCAAGCAGCAAGUUGAACAGCCACCAGCAGAACGUGCUACCGCAAACUUUUCUGCGGCAGCACUUGCUAUGGCUGGAAAUAGUGGACUUUAUGCGCACUCAGGGUUUGAUAUACAGCGGAGAAUUGCAGAUGUACUGAAAGCUUCUUUUGCCAAUAGAAGCAAUGAACACAAUUGGUCCAGUGAGCGCAGAUUGGAAAGCACUGAAGAUUAUUCAGGGUCUGGGAGUAAAUGGUCAGGAAAAAUGGGGAAGAAGCCACUUCCGGUAGAAGAGAGUCGCCGGACUACAUAUUAUCAGAAUCAACCAUCCAGUUCAAUGUAUGAGCUGCCAGUGGCAACCUCAUACAACGGGACAAGGAAGGUUCUUGUACCAAUUGGUGCUCAGUUGCCACAGGCCUAUUCCCGCAGUCUGGCACGUUUUGCUGCACAGCUUGGUCCAGUUGGUUGGGAAGUUGCAUCGAAGCGAAUUGAACAGGUCAUCCCCCCUGGAACAACAUUUGGUCGUGGGUGGGUAGGAGAUGGCGAAUCACCAAACUCAUUUCAGCCACCUGUACCGACUUCAUCUCCGAUACCAACACCACCACCAAGCAGCACAGCGGCAUCGAGUGGGCAGAAAACUGUAGAUGAUCCUGCAAGCGCAGGCCAUUCAACAGGCCCUCAUGCAGAUGCUGUGUCACAUGCGUCUGCCAAUAACGCUCAGAGGAUCGAUUCUCAGGCAGUACCAAGCCCGCAAUGCGGAUCGUUGCCGCAGAUUCCAGUAGACCGAGGUGAACAUUCCAUUGAGCUGAAGAGCAGCCCCAUGCACCAAACUGUGAAUGGUUUUAAUGCUGUGCCAGGGUCAAUCAUGUUUGCACCUACCGCGCAGCUGGUCGCGAACCGGAUGCAGACGCAUAUGGCCGAUUGAUAGAGACCCAAGCUCGACAUGGAUAAUUUGACAUUUGGACGCAUGAUUUCGGCCACGGUUUCGCGGGCACCAAACAAGGACUUUGCUGAAUCAUAUUGUGCUCAUAGAUUUUUUUUCGAGUCGCUGUUGCUGUGCCGCACCGUGGCCUUGUCUCUCCAUUGUUUUUCUUUUUUUUUUCCGAGAAUGGGAUCUCCAUUGUUCAUUGUCUGUGGUGUAAUUGCUUAGAUACCUAGGAGUUAGAAUAGAAUGCAGAUUGCAGAGAUAUGUGUGUAGAGGGUAUUAACAGCGUACUUAAGUCGGGUUCAGAGAUUUGAAAAAGUUCUGAUGUUGUAGAAACCACAGGGGAACCAAUCUGUAUAUGUUAUAUUGAGUGUUGUGGUAUUGUUGCCACAGUUGGUCA